AUGGCUUUGCUUUUUGAGCGGGAGCUCUGGCAGUGGCUGCGCUCGCGAAGGGGGCGUGGCCUGCGACGGCGGCCGCCUUCGGCGAUUGGCUGCGCGGCGUGGCGUCACUCGGCGCGCCGGCGCGCUGUGUGCGGCGUGGCUGCGCGUGGUGGCGCGGGGCUGGGGCCGGGGGCAGCGGCCGCUUCUCCUCCCCCGGCGCGGCAUGGCGGAGCCGGGGCCCAAGAGCGGCGCUGGGGGGGGGGGGGGGGGGGGGGGGGGGAGGAGGAGGAGGCUGCCCCGGCCCCGAAGAAGCGCCGCGUGGCCGCCGGGGAGCGCUACGUGCCGCCGCCGCGGAAGCUGAAGGCGGGGGUGAGCUUCAGCGCGGCGCAUUUCGCCGAGACCUCGUACUACUUCGAGGGGGGGCUGCGCAAGGUGCGGCCCUACUACUUCGACUUCCGCACCUACUGCAAGGGGCGCUGGGUCGGCCGCAGCCUCCUGCACGUCUUCAGCACCGAGUUCCGUGCCCAGCCCCUCGCCUUCUACCGCGCCGCCGCCCGCGCCGGCCGCCUGCGCCUCAACGAGGAACCCGUGCGGGACCUGGACGUCGUGCUUAAGAAUAAUGAUUUUCUUCGAAACACGGUGCAUCGCCACGAGCCGCCGGUCACUGCCCAGCCUAUCCAAAUUCUGGCGGAGGACGAUGAGGUGGUGGUCGUAGACAAACCGUCCUCCUUGCCAGUGCAUCCCUGCGGGAGGUUUCGGCACAACACCGUCAUCUUCAUCCUUGGCAAAGAGCACAACCUUAAGGAAUUGCAUACAAUUCAUCGACUCGAUCGCAUGACCUCAGGAGUGCUUAUGUUUGCCAAGACGGUGGAGGUGUCCAAGAGGAUCGACGAGCAGGUUCGGGAGAGACAGCUGGAAAAAGAGUAUGUGUGUCGUGUGGUGGGGGAGUUCCCAGAACACGAAGUGGUCUGCGAAGAGCCCAUACUGGUUGUUUCAUACAAGGUGGGGGUGUGCCGUGUGGACCCCAAAGGGAAAUCCUGCAAAACCAUCUUCCAGAGGCUCAGUUACAAUGGCAAGACCAGCGUCGUCAAGUGUCUUCCACGUACUGGCCGCACACACCAGAUCCGGGUCCACUUGCAGUACCUGGGAUAUCCCAUUAUCAAUGACCCCAUCUAUAACAUGGAAGCCUGGGGCCCUGAAAAGGGCAAAGGUGGCAAGAUUGGUAAAACAGAUGAAGAACUCCUUAAGGCGCUCGUGGAGGAGCAUCGUUCCAAACAGAGCCUGGAUGUCUUGGGGAUUUCAGAAGAGGACUUGAACACCAAUGCAGAAAAUCAAGACUCUGGUAAUUCAAGCAAGUGCACAGAAUCUGUGCAGGCUGAUCCUAUAAAUGAGAACUCCUGCCCUGCUGAGGGCACUAAGGAUCCUGAGAGAAAUGAAACACCAGCUUGUACACUGGACCCUGAUACCAAUCUGGAAACACUUCAAAAAACUACAGAACUAGGUUCAUGUGAGAACAAGGGUGGGCAAACAGGAGGAAAUUGUUCAGAAGAGAAGGACCCUUUAUGCAUGGAGUGUAAAAUUACAAGGCGGGACCCAUCUCCAAAGGAGCUGGUGAUGUACCUACAUGCCUUGCGCUAUAAGGGAGCAGAGUUUGACUAUUGCUCCAAGAUGCCUGAAUGGGCCAUGGAGGACUGGGAGGAAUGACAGAGGGCAUGACAUCUAAGGGCAUUGUUCUAGUGUGGCCAGAGAAGUGUCUUGUAAAGACCUAAGGUUUCAGUGUGCUUGAGGUGAAGAAACUGCUGGUGACUUGAAAUGCGGUGGGAAGGCCCCCAUAUUGUUGGGGCCGGCAAAUUGCUGUGGCUGCUGACAGGCACUGUAAAAGGUGGGCAAGAACAUGGGGUUUCAGUGCUAGAAUUACAUUGUCAUUUAGUGAACACCUGGGCAACAGCCACCUCAAUGUGUUACAGGUCUGCUGUCAAUUACCUGCAGAGAAAAUUUAGUGCAUACGCUUUAUUUAAGAAACCGAUUUUUCUUUUGGCCUGCUAUAUAAUGUUCUUGUACUGUACGGUGAGAGCUGCUGGAAUAUUGUUCAACAUACUGGAUGUCACAUCAUACAGGAAAACUAUUUGUACUUUGAUUUUAUUGUCAGACUGAUUUUAAAACCAAAUCGUUAACACUGAGAAUGCCAUAAGGUAAAACCAGAGCACUGUGAAGCUGAUUUCUUUACUGUUUGUCAGCAAGGUGGACUUUGCUUUGAAAUUGCUCUUUUAGAAUUCCUUCACAUAAUUACUUGAUUUGGGAUUAGUAACUCUAGGAAUGGAUCUGUGUGUUGAGCCUAUUUCUGGAGGUACUAGUCCCAAGAUUUUAUCCAUAUAAGAUUUAUGAGGAGACUUGAUUUAGCAGAGUGUCUUGCUAUGUGCCCUGUGACACGUCUUCUGCCUUCUCAAAAACACGUCAUCUUCUCUGAGAACCUAUUGAUUUCUAAUCCUUAUGCCUCAAAUAAAAACAUCUCCAUACUUGAACAAAAACCCAAGGUAGAGACCAGUCUACCAACUUUCACUUUGUUUUUACCGUACCAUGGUCAA